AUGCGCACUCACUCGGCCAACUCCACCGCCAGCUUUGCCUCUCAUGCGUCUGGAUCGCGGCAGCCCUCAGCAGAGAUCGCAGAGGAGGACGAAUCAUCCAUGUCCAGCCCAGCGUCCCAGCGCACUCGGGCGGCGUCUGCGACAAUGGCGACAAGCUCGCCCAACCAAUCACGCGUGAGAUCCGACUCAGAUGCAGCAUCCAUCCUCACAGCUGACGACAGUAUGUCGACCUCCAUGCUCUCCGCCGUGGACGCUGCCGGUAUGGAUCAGAUCGAAAACAGCGUGCGACAGUCUAAAACAAUAGAAGACUUCACCAAUAUCAUCAGCGAGUUCCGCAUGAACCGCCACACUCUCUAUCCCGACUCCCUCGCAGGCUCCCUCGCCCAAAGCGUCGACACCAUUCCAGCCAGCAACAGCCAUCACAGUCUCGACCAACGCAGCGAAGCAGGAGAAACCGUCCGAUGCACGUGCUGCUGCAGCAAGGAGGACUGUCCACGUGCUCUCCGCGCUCGCCAGGAGUGGCGCGAUCUGGAAGCUGAUCUCCGUCUCAGCGCAGAGAUUGGCCAAGCGCUGCUCAAACGCCACGACGCCAUGCAGGCAAAGCUACAGAAGCAAGCAGAAGAAUACAUGCAACAACGCGACGGUCUCAUGACUAGACUCACCAAGAGCUACAAAGAGACCUCUGCUCUCGAGCGCGAGCUGGCACAAUCCAACUUGAACUUAGAGGCAGGCGACAGUAGCAAUCGCGCCCUUUUGCACGAGCUCGACGAAUCCCGCACUCAGCUCAACAAACUCAAGGCAAGCCAAACCCGACUCAGCGGAGCCGACGAGAAAGCCAAUUCGCUCCAACGUGAGCUCGACGAUCUGAAGCAAGAGCUUGCCGCCGAGCGUAAACGAUCAGCAGCAGCCGAAGCGAGGUCGAAGAAGCUCGAACUCAAAUCUGCCCAGCUCAAAGAUGCUCUUCACAGUGCGCGCAAGCAAACAAGUGCGGACGCAACGACCGCCAACCGCCCCGUGUUCGAUGACGACGCACUUCAGUCGGCAAGAGACCGACUCACUCGUGGUCUACGACACCAGCGCGGUCUAUCCAUGGCGUCCGACACCUCCACUGCCAGUGACGACGCGGAUCAGAUGCAGGCCAUCGAGGCCCUUGUCCGUGACAACGAAGCUCUGCGUAACGACAACGGCAAGCUCAGGUCUUUGGUCGACACAUGCAACGAAGAGCUAGACACGCUGCGCAGCUCGGUCAAUAACGCAAUCACCAUGGUCGCGUCCCCUGCCCCAGACCUUGCGGGCUUCGAGUUCCCACAAGGCCCAGGCGCAUCUGAUUCGCAGACCCACACAGCGGCUGAGAUGCUGCCGACACUCUCGCAGGAGGUCCAGCAAAGCGUAGACAGCAGCAGCGCAGAUGCUCGACGCGCUUCUAUUCAGCCGACGAGCUCCUUCACGAUCCCUGCCACGUCGUCGUCGCCAGCGACAUCUUCGGCGAUCCACAACGUUGUAACCACUCGUGCUGAGUCGCUGACAGGCACUGUGGAUAGCAGCACAACAAGCCAACCACCGGAAUCCUCUUCUUUCGCCCCAAGCUCGCGCUCCAGUGAGACCAGUCGAGAUACGGAAAAGCAGACAAGCGACUUCCUGCAGUUCGAUCCUGCUCGUCGCGAGAGCCGCACCGCUCAAUUGAGCACCCUUCUCGACUACGUCAAUCGUCUCUUCACUCGUCUCUCCACGGCAGACGUCGACACGCUCUCGCGUCGUCUGCAGAGACAGAAUCUGGCAGGCGAUGCAGGCCACUUGGCCAAAACCACGGUCAACUCCAUCCUUCGCGACGUCGACGGCUUGCGCGACCAUUUCCGCAAGCUCAUCGAAGCAGAAGCUCGCAACAAUGCUCGCGACGACAACUCUGCUCAUUCCAAGGAGUUCGCUCAAGAGAGCCUCGUCGCCCGCAAGGAGUUCUUCGCGCUGCUCAAGGCAUUCCGUGACAUUCUGUGCGAGCUCGCCAAGCUACGACUGUGCAUCAACGACAUUCACCUCAAUCCGGGGCAGGCAGCCAAACUUCUUCACGAGCAUCUUGGGGCAAACACGGCAGAGGACAAAGGAUUGAUUCCCAUCCCGUCUGCGGUCAAUUGGCUGGGCAAGAUCCUGCUCGGCGGACCGAGCAUCGUGCCAACCGCGACCUCGCCGGGCAGCAGCAGCACCUCUGGAGCGUCGCUCGCGGUGCCAGACAACACAGGGACAACGGGAGGCAAAGGAAGCCGACCAACGCCAGGCAGGUCCGUCUCGGGCAACUAUGCGAGCCGCCUCGCACCCAGAGCUUCCCCUGCGGUCGUCUCGUCUACCCUCGCCGUCGAGGUGAAAGGUGCGCAUGCUUCUGCAGCAGAGCCGAAUGCAUCGCCUCGAGGUCUGAUCAACGGUGGCCUUCGAGCCGGACCUCGACCUCAGCCUGGGCGAUCGCAGGUCUCGCUCACACGCAUGCAGUCGCGCAACCUGUCUGGCCUGUUCGCCGGAAGCCUGGCUCCUUCACCUGCCGGUCUGGAUGCUGCUCGAGGCCCAUCUGCCAAGCUGGGUGGUGGGCUAGCGCAGACAAGUCUGCUCAGACCCAAGGGCGACGCCUCCAGGACGACUCCAGCCUGGCAACGACCGCUGUCUCGCAUUGUCGACGACGAUGAGAUCAGCAUCCACCGUGGCCGGGCUAUCCGUCAACAGGUCUUCGACGACAGUGGCGAUGAGGGAUCCGACGACGAGAUGAAUGGCAGUGGCAACCUGCUCGACCGCGCUUUGCGACCUCGUGGCCUCAGCGACAGCUCGAUUCGCAGCACCUUUGUCGACUUGGCAGAUGGCAUCGGAGCCGGAUCGAUCCCGCCCGCCUUGAACAGGAUCCGGCCUGCUCCCAUUUCGCGCGUCAUUACACCAGCGACAUUGUCGCUGCAUUCAGCCCCAAGUGCAUCCGCUGUCUCCUCCACUCUGGACGCGGAUCAGGACAGGCGUAGCGCUGACGGCCAUGCAUCGCCGUCCAUGGCCUCAGACAAGUCCGGCAGCCUUACUCCCGGAGCUGUUGGCCCAUCCAGCUCCUUCUUCAGCCGAUCCGAAAAGGUCCUAUCUUUCCUCAGCGGAGGAGUGGUCGGUUCCAGUGCACCCAUUCAGCCCAGCAGCGCAGCAGCCAGUACCGGCGGCCCGACCUUGCGUCAGACGCCGUCGAUGGCUGCUCUCAACAAGGCAGCAGCUCGCGCCGCAUCGUCACAGGAUCUCUCCGUCUCGCCGCGCAACGCUCCUCCGUCUCCUGCACCUUCUGCCGAUACGCGGACACAGACCGGUCUCGGCCUCGGCUUGCCAUCACGUCUCACCCUCGGAGGCGGCGGUGGCAGUCGCGCUGGCUUCUGA